UUUUUUUUUCGUUUAAGGAGUAUUCCCAGGUGUGGAUAGGGACAUUAAUUCUUGACAUAUCUUUCCAAAUUAAAGUUUUUUACCACUUUAGGUGUUUUUGGAAAGAAGGUUGGUCCUAGAGCAUCUCAUGUACGAUAAAGUGGUGUCCUUUGGUUUCCACAGGGCACACUGUGGAGCGUGGCAUGCCUUCACAUUCUUCUCUUACUUGCACUGAAAUAUGUUUGAAGUACAACCCGGUAUAAUCUGCUCAUAGCUGACAGCAGAGGCCCACGGGAAUUUGGGAUGGAUUUUUUGUUCCCUAGCUAUAGCAGGACUUUUGGAUUAGGGGUAUAUUUAGGUUCUUCUUUUUUUUUUGAAGUCAUCUCAACCUUUUGGGUAACUUAGAACUAACCAUUGACAUGACAACCCUGUAGGUAAGCACUUGCCCAAGACAAGCUUUGGAUUUCACAAGAAAUACUUGAUUCUUUACGUCAUGUGUUAUAAUUGAUUUAUGCCAGCUUUCAAGACAUGCCAAAUGGCAUGACAGGUGUUGAGUUUCCCUCUCCAGUGGUGUUGGCUAUGGUGUUUCUGUGCAACCCAAAGAUCAACCCAAAGUGUUGAGUACAUUUGUAGAAAUGAGCGUACGGAGUGUCCUUUCUCUGCACAUGGGCACUUCACUUUGUCAGCAAACAAGGCUAACAAACUUUACCAUAUAUUUGUGCUUCUUGACAGAUAAGAUGGGAAUUACUAAGCUGUAAUGAGGCCUAAAGUGGCCUGAUUUAAUACAGAGACUUUCUCACUUCUCCAUCACAAUUAUUUGUGUAGCUUCGGCAUGCAGCAUUCUUUGCAGUUCCUGAUCCCUUAAUGCCGGAUCCUUCCAAGCAACCAAAGAACCAGCUUAAUCCUAUUGGUUCAUUACAGGAAUUGGCUAUUCAUCAUGGCUGGAGACUUCCUGAAUAUACCCUUUCCCAGGAGGGAGGACCUGCUCAUAAGAGAGAAUAUACCACAAUUUGCAGGCUAGAGUCAUUUAUGGAAACUGGAAAGGGGGCAUCAAAAAAACAAGCCAAGAGAAAUGCUGCUGAGAAAUUUCUUGCCAAAUUUAGUAAUAUUUCUCCAGAGAACCACAUUUCUUUAACAAAUGUAGUAGGACAUUCUUUAGGAUGUACUUGGCAUUCCUUGAGGAAUUCUCCUGGUGAAAAGAUCAACUUACUGAAAAGAAGUCUCCUUAGUAUUCCAAAUACAGAUUACAUCCAGCUGCUUAGUGAAAUUGCCAAGGAACAAGGUUUUAAUAUAACAUAUUUGGAUAUAGAAGAACUGAGUGCCAACGGACAGUAUCAAUGUCUUGCUGAACUAUCAACCAGUCCCAUCACAGUCUGCCAUGGCUCGGGUAUCUCCUGCGGCAAUGCACAAAGUGAUGCAGCUCACAAUGCUUUGCAGUAUUUAAAAAUAAUAGCAGAAAGAAAGUAAACUUUGAACACCUUUGAAAGCCCUUCAUUAGCACGUAAAAAGUUCCCCUCUCAGCCCUUCCCUAGUAAAACAUUUACCACGUUUGGUUUAUGUCUUGUUUCUAAAUCUCUUCGUAGAUUCCUUCAACACUCUAGAUUUAAUUAUCUCCUAGUAGUUGUUACUAAGCUCUUUUUAAUGGCUUCAACUUUGUAUUGGUAUAUUGUAUUUAUAAACUUUGUACCACAAGGCAGAGUGUAGCACCCAUUUUACAGUGCCAUGCACAUCGGAGGAAGAAACUGCAUGUUUGUUGGUGACGACGAUGAUGAUGAUGAUGAUGAAAUAAAACUGCUAGCAACAGUCUUUCUUACUGGUGCUUAAACUCUUCUUUGCGCAAGGCUUUGUAAAGGGAAUUUGAAGGAAGCCUUUUGGAAUUAGAGUGUUGAGGGAUAGCACUAACAGGAUUUGAAAUGUGAUUGUUAAAUUUCAGGGAACAUGACUGGUCUGCCGUGUAUUUGAAUCCAGAUAAUAAAGAGCUGUUAUAAUGGAGUCCUGCUCAUUCUAUUAAAGAGCUACCGACUUGA